AUGGAGAAGAGAAACGAGAGAAGAGUGAUUCUUUUUCCUUUACCAUUACAAGGAUGCAUAAACCCUAUGCUUCAACUAGCAAAGAUCUUAUUUUCAAGAGGCUUCUCAAUCACAAUCAUCCACACGAGUUUCAACGCUCCUAAAUCUUUAGACCAUCCUCUCUUCACUUUCUCACAGAUCGAAGACGGAUUGUCUGAAACUCAGACAAAAUCUCGGGAUGUUUUGCUUCAACUCACGCUUCUCAACAACAACUGUGAGAAACCACUUCGAGAGGGUUUGGCUAAACUCAUUAAACCUGAUUCGGAUUCAGGAACAACAGAGGAAAUGAAGAUUAGCUGUUUGAUUGAUGAUUCUGGUUGGGUUUUCACUCAAUCAGUUGCAGAGAGUUUCAAUAUUCCGAGAUUAGUACUUUGUGCUUAUAAAUUCACUUUCUUUCUCGGACAUUUGCUUGUUCCUCAGAUUCGUCGUGAAGGGUUUCUUCCAUUACCAGAUUCUGAAGCAGAGGAACUAGUUCCGGUGUUUCCACCGCUUCGAAAGAAAGAUCUUGUCCGAAUCAUGGGAAAAAGCGGUCAGGUUGAGCAGCUCGAUUCUUACUUGGUUAAGAUACUCGAAACGACCAAGCCAGCUUCAGGGAUCAUAGUCAUGUCCUGUGAAGAGCUUGACCAAGAUUCACUUGCUGAGUCACACAAAGUCUUCAACUUUCCGAUAUUCCCCAUUGGCCCAUCUCAUAUCCAUGAUGUUCCAGCUUCGUCUAGCAGCUUGUUCGAACCGGACCAGAGUUGCAUUCCAUGGUUAGAUAAGCGCGAAACGAGAUCGGUACUCUACGUGAGCUUAGGGAGCAUUGUGACCUUAACUGAGUCUGAGUUUUUGGAGAUUGCUUGUGGACUAAAAAACAGUGACCUAGCUUUCUUGUGGGUUGUCCGGCCUGGUUCGGUCCACGGUAGAGAUUGGAUUGAAUCGUUACCAUUAGGGUUCAUUGAAAGUCUCGAGGGAAAGGGAAAGAUUGUGAAAUGGGCUCCGCAGCUAGAUAUUCUAGCGCAUAGAGCCACGGGAAGUUUUUUGACUCAUAACGGAUGGAACUCGACGCUAGAGAGUAUAUGCGAAGGGGUUCCUAUGAUCAGCUUGCCAUUUGUGUGGGACCAGUUGCUAAACGCGAGAUUCAUCAGCGAUGUAUGGAGGAUCGGGAUUCACUUGGAAGGUCGUAUAGAGAGAAGAGAAAUCGAGAGAGCCGUGAGAAGACUAAUGGUUGAAUCGGAAGGAGAUGAGAUUCGAGAGAGAAUCAAAGUGUUGCAAGAUGAAGUAAGAAGAUCGGUUAAACGAGGCGGCUCGUCUUCUCGAUCUCUAGAUGAGCUAGUUGAUCGAAUUUCAUCAUUCUAG